AAAGUUCUGUAUUUUAAAAUUCUGUCAGAACCAAAUGAUGUAGAAUAAAAAUUCUAUAUACGUUCUCUGGUAUUACAGCGUUAUUAAUAGCAAAGUGGUAUAAUAGUUUCGAAAUUCGUAUACGCUGCAACUAUUUUGCCACAGAUGUCCCGCCGCGCCGGCCAGGUGGCAACUACCGUUUUUAGUAAAGGCAGCCAACUUCAUUGGCAAGCCAAUAUUCCAACUACAUUUUUUUUUUUUUACCUGGAAGAAAUUGCAUAUAAAUUCUAGGUUUUUUGCAAAGGUGACUUCUUUUGCCUUUGAGGUUACGUCAAAAUGGUUAGCUUAGAUCUUGCAAUAUUGCUACAAGUUUGGUUCUAUAGAAAGAAUACCAAGGCGCGUGAGAUGCGCCGUGGAGAUUAGCAGUUUGCCCCCGAAGAACAACCGCAACAAUCACAAAAUCCAAACGACCUGCAAACAACUAACAACUCGGACAACAAUCAAUCUCUUGCUAUCACUACUACAAGCAGUGGAGAUGACCAUCUGCUCACCGCCAUUGCUGAUGAUGAACAUUUCAACAGCUACGCGAAUCCUGAAUACAAAAAAUAUCAUGAUAACAAAGCCUUCCAAUAUCACCUUAAUAACAAUACCCUAAAUAAAGGGAGAGAGGCAUCUAGAAAAAUGCUUGCCGAUGAAAGAGGAGACUGCGCUUUAGAUUCAGUGGUAAUUGUCAAGCGGCCUGAUAGCAUAUCGCGAUCAUCUUCGAGUCGAGCCAGGCCUGACUCUCCCAAUAAUAAGGGAUCUAUGUCUGCUAGAGAUGGUGGAAGAGGGCGUCGUAAAUGUCGAUGCCAACAUGGCGAUACAGUGCGACAACGACACAAUGCUACACAAACGCCGGACUCGGUUUUAAGUUGGAGUCAAUUGCAUAGCUGUCAUGGCCAUAGCACUACAAUGGAUUGCUGUGCAAAUCACCAAAAAUCAAACAGCUGCUGUGGUCUGAUAAAUAGCAACUUGAAGUCUGGCGAAAUCACGUGUCACUGCCAUAUCACGCAUCACUGCCACCAUUAUUCACCUGGAAGUGGUGAUGGAGGUGAAAGCAGACCUGCGAAACAAUGUGAACAUAGUAAUCGGACAAGUCGCACAUUUCAUCAACGUCAUCAUGCCCACCAUCAUCGACACCAACACCAUCAUCAUCAUCGCCACUUACAACGGGAACAGCAUUAUCGAAAUAAAAACAACGUCCGCCGACUUCCAGGUUAUAAUAGUAAGUCUUCCUAUGAUUCCAGUGACGAUCUGCAGCAAUCUAGUGUGGAUACUGGUGAAGAAAGAUUGCAUGAAAUAGCAAUUGAAAUAGAUGCAGCUACAAUGACUGAAGACAAUACAAGCACUGCCAAAUUUUUUAAUAAUUACAUUCGGACCGAAACUAAAACCGACAGACGAAAUCAGGACAAAAUUACAAAACACAUGGCUUGCUGCAAUGAUUCUAUUUGUGGCAUUACUAGCGGUGAAAGAAGGAAGCAGGAUGCGGCACAUAACGAAUGUGUUAAAAUUCGACGAAAAUUAUAUGAUGCUGGUGUUGCAGACGAUUGCUGCAGCACUUGCUCGCAUUGUUCCAAUUGUUCCUGCCAAAAUGCAGAUGCCACCAGUUGCAGUAGCAUCGAUGACUUGGAUGCUGAUGAUAACGACGAGGAGGGACGAAUGGCACCACACGAGCUGGUGGUGUCGGCAGAAUGUCACCGCUGUAAUUUGCGCCGAAGGUCCACAAUAUCAACGGGAGAAGAGCCAGAAGAGGAAGCUCAGACAGAUGACAAAUUAACAGCGGCCAGCAUUGGCAAACAGGUCGCACAAGAAAAAGAAAAUACUACCACAGAAAGUUCAACGCAUACUAGCCGAAGAAGCAGUGCAAGUUUCUGCUCCUGCCAUUCGAGCACUUGCUGUUGCUGCGAAUGCGACUGUGCGGACGAAGCUGGCGAUGAUGACUGUGAGAGUGCUACAACUGGGCAAAUGCACACCGCUAGGGACACUUCGUGUACGGCUUUAACAUCUGCGGCAGAUUUCGAUGCAGAACAUUCAAGUACCCUGACGCCUUUGACAAAUGCAUCGUCAAUUGCGUCAACGCCAAACGCUGAAGAUGCAGAUGUAACACUGCGCAGUUUCAACAACACAUUAACAGAGGACAUAGGUUCAUCACUUAGUCAAUCCGCAGAAUAUUUCUCACUUUCUUCUGGUAAUCACCAAAGCCAAAAGUCACCCACAGAAACACCAACGCGAAGGAAACUGAAAAUUCCUGGCGAAAUUAAUCCAGCUGAAUCGGUAUCGAAAUCAACCAAUGUUCCAGCGUCUAGUAGGAAGCCCUGCAAGCAUUACAUCAAACAUCAUCGUCAUAAACGGGACACAUCUCCAUUGGAUAGCUACUUAUGACGAAGUGUUUCGCUGGUCGCGUGGCCAGCGAUCGAUGUGAACUCGCUACUUCAGCAGACGAUACGGAAAACAGCCGUUCUCCACGAGCCUGCAAUGGUGCAACAAACGCAAUCACAUGAACUACAGCAGCAAUCCGGGACACGACAUGGGAGCAAUGAUAGUUCGACCGCCACGCUGACACCAUCAAUUACAACAAUCAUCAAAUACCCACCAAUGAAUAGCACAGCCAAUAGCGCUUGUAGCGUCUCAGGCACACCACAACAGAUGUCAUUGCAUUCGCUUAAUGCCGUUACGACGGUAACUACUAUUUGUGGCAGCAACGGUGCUUCUGUGGUAACUACCGCCUCAGCACCAUGUAGUGGUCGUGCAAAACGCACUUCCAAAUUUGCGCCUGCAUCCUCGGAUGCAUUCAGCUGUGACCCCAUGCUUUUUGGGCAGGAGCGACGAUCAACUGAAAUAAUCUUAUAGCCACGUGGCAAUAAUGGAAGCUGCAAACUGAGGGCUAGGGGCUAGAGUGCCAUAUUUAUGUAUUUUACAUAAAUUUAACGGUAUGGAAACGCUAAUACUCGGAUGGCUGCACCUCCCAAUUAAAAAUGUGUUAUUCAUUUUGAUGUUUUUAUUUUGUCGUGCUGCUAUGCUUUCUCUAGUCACUGUUUACCUAUUUUAAUUGGGUUGAAUCCGAAUUUUAUGAUUUGAUAGCAUGAUAUUUAGUAAGAGUUCAAACGCAACUUCGUGUUUAUCAUAAAAUUGGUUGAUAAUUUCCGAUCUACAGCAUAAAGACUGUUUAACGUAAAAUUAUUUUAGAUCACUACGCCCUUGCGCUUUUGGUUACUUGAUCUGAGAUUGCCAUAAGUCAAUAUACAUAUGCGCAUGCUAAAUAUUUUCCUCUCGCCUAAUAUUUGCAGGUAUUAUAGAUUGAUUAUUUAUGAGUGCUGAAAACCCUACGGUUUUCAUAUUGUGUGAAUACGAUUAGAUACAAAAAUAUCUCGAGACUUGGAGAGUUGAAGUUUGUUGUUUCUCGGGGGUUAAAUUGUAAUUUAUUUAAAUUAUGUAACUACGUAUUUGUAAAUUAAUGUAAAGCAAAUAUUUAAGAAUGUAUGAAAAUAGCAAUUUUUUUAUUAAUAAAAGUAGUUUUAGAUCGAAAUUAUGUAAGUGUUAUGCAUUCUAAUAAAAAUUUACAACUUACCUAUAUUUGCAUAUA